UUCGGCUAACUCUUCCGGAAGCGAAUUGUAUUUUAUUUAUGUACUCAUAAUACAACAUAGCAUCGAGUUACUUUAGAUAUCAUUGAACGUUUUAGGUCUUUCUCUGCCAGGCAAAGGUAGUCGAUCACAACAUAGUCCAUUCCAGGAUAUAUAGUCGAGCCAAGAUAUCAUCACCGUGAGCAAAAUGGCGGGUGACAAGGACCCUCUGUCCCAGUUAAAGGAUCUGAACCACCUGAAGAACCAGCUGGAGGAGAUCCAGAGGCGUGUGGAGGACGAGGUGUCCGUAGGGAUCCCUCAGGGCGGCUCUCUGCUGGGUUCCCCCUUCCUGAAGGGCUUUCUGGCGGGUUACGUGGUGGCCAAGCUACGGUCCUCGGCUAUCUUGGGAGUAGUGCUGGGAACCAUGACUGGCAUUUUCGCAGCACAGAGCUAUCAAGUGCCAAACAUUGAGCAGACUGUCAAAGACUAUUUAAACAAUCUGAAGAAAGGACCCAAGUAAACAGGAUUGACAGCUGUCCGACUGUGAGAUCGGGGCACGGGAUUGGUCCCAGCUGCUGCUGGCUUUCCAGUGACUCGUGGGACAGAAAAUAGAAUUCCAACGCUACUGGUUAAACUGGGAAAUGGAUAUUAUGUUACUGCAUCUGGGAAUCAAAGCAAAUUACCUUA